AUGGGAGAACAGGUAUGCGCAUUUAUUCCGGAGCGCCAAUUGGGACAGCUUCCUGGAGACACUUUGCUUAUUCAUUUGGCUGAGCAGCUGAACACUUCAUCUUUUACCUACCUGUGUGGUUUCCUUCGAUUGACCAUCGGUUGCCUUUUUAAGCAACAGUUGCUCCGCAAAACGGAGACGGCUCAGCAAGUAUCCAUGAGCGUGCUGCUUCACUGGGAAUCCGAGGAUCAUUUGGUUAUCAAAAAUAUGAAAAAAUUCCUCGAUGCCCUGUUCUCAAUGGAACCCGCAGGAGUUUCCGGAACAUUCCACGACUGGAUGACUGAAACGCUUAUUGAUCAACACAUUUUAAUGGGCCCUUUGGCUGCUACCGGGCCCGUGCUUUUGUCCAAGGGUCGACUCCACUGUUUGAUGCCUGUACUAAAGUUUUUGGGGCCUGUCAAGCUUCUUCAACGGUCCCCUUAUCUGACAACAAGUCUGCUCAUAGCGAUGGGCCACAAUUACACGGGUGCCACGGCCGCGGAUGUGCUGCUACAGCUGCUGUCCAUGUGCACUUUGGACAAUGUGGCGGAAGAACCUAUCUUUACUUCACACAUUAUUGAUCCGCUAACUCAGUAUAUCCUGUACGAACGACUGGAUUGUACAUCCAUUCAAGAAGCCUUUGGCUCGGUUGACACACCCGUAGAUACUACGCGUGCCAAUCGUCGAAUUAACUUUGCCUGUCAAUGCUUGCGCAAAGAUUUCGAUACUCUUCGGCUCCCUAUCCUACCCAGCCACAAGCUCAUUACUCCUGAGAAUGCAGAGGGACUUGCUUGUUCCGGAAAGACACUCCUGGAUCACCUUCUGCACUCAUUGUCUCUACUAAUUUACAGUGAGAAAGAUCUACCAUCCUUGCGAUACCACCGACAUUUCCUAUGGCUUCAUUUUUUCAACCUGCAUGGGGACAAAUUAUCGCUUUUAGGUUCGAAGGAGGAUCUGACCCCUUUGGUGAAUGGCCUAUUCCAUGCGGAUGACUAUCUCCGUGCAGUUGCUUUCUCAGGUCUCGUGAAUUUGGUCCGCGCUGUUUUGACCAAUCCAAGCCAAUUGCGUGUGGACAACACCAGAAUUUUGACCGACCCGGACUCUUAUACGAUGCUCUUUCUUCUUGGCAUUAUCCUAUUGAAUGGAUCCACAAAUCCAGUGGCCAGAAAAUAUCUGGUCACCUCCUUCAAUCAGUUGCUUCGUGGGAUUCGAAACGCAUGUGUUUCGGUCGAUGUUGAAUCGCUUACAAGCAUUCCGCAGAGGCUGUCGUUGGCACCCAAGUCGGUUCUCCUUGAAGCUUCUUUGACGGAUUUGUUCCAGUGCGUUCAGUCCAGUCUUUCCGGUGACCUUAUUCAAUUCUUUUCUCCUCUUUGGGGCACACUGUCGCCGUUUGAGUUUUCUGACGAGGCGCCUUCGCCGCUACAUCAUCAGAAUGCAUUCUGGCCUGGAAUGACUUAUCAGCGCAUGAAGGUGAAUGUGGAAUUGAUGUAUACCAUCAUCGGUCUGCUGAACUUGAACGAAUCAGAAUCGGAUGUCCAUGGACAGUGGCGUACAGGUUAUACAUCAGCAUCCCUACUCAACAUUCGACGACUGGUUGAGAAGUUGGCCUGUGAGUUAUGUUGGGAUUACAAAUCUCCAGCCGUGUUGCAUUCACUACUGGACAGCCUUCGUUUAUUGAAACCAGAUCUGCAGUCUCAACUACUCGAUUUGGUUAGCAUGACCUGGGACGAUAUCAGCUCCGUGCUAACCGAGGAUCAAUGUGCGACGUUGCUCGCAAGCGCAUUACGCUGGUGUGAUUCAUUCAACGUGGUGGAGUAUUCCGCUGGCGGGAAUUUGCUUCUAUACUGGUACACUCAUGGUUGCGCGAAAACAGCAGAACUACAGGAGGCGUUCAACGAAGCGUUCCACAGGAAACUGGUUUCACUCAAUGGUGCUGAACUGCAUGGACAACUGCUUACGAUCGCAAAGCAUGAACCGGGUCUAGGGGCCUCAUCGUUUCGAGAAUUGGGCGAAUCGAUCCUCCGCAUCGCAUUGGGUGAACAAGCAGAUAAACUGCGUCGGACUGGUGGCCAACAGUGCGGUGAAUCGGACCCGGGAAACGGUGUGGAUCUUAUUCGUUUGCUACCAGAGUACCAGCACAUACUUUCGUGGUCGUGGAACUCGCUCCGGGGCACGGUGGAGGCGGUGUGUGUCAGUCUGCAACAUUACCUAUCUGCCGCGCAGCGGCUUCAAGAAACGAACAACUCAAUCUCAUUGGUAUCCUGCGAACAAGUUUUGGAUCUGUGCUGGACGGUCUUGUGUCAUUACGGAUACUCAGUGACACGCCGUGCCGCCGGAUUAUGGCCAGCAGUCAAGGCGGCCCUGCUUGCGGAACAGGCUAGCAAAGAUCAACGUGUGCCAGUUCUCCUCAUACGUUGGCUCACACGACUAAUUGAUCUUGCGCGACAUAAUCCGGGCGAAUCACACACGGGCACAAAAACCGAAGAGAUGACAGAUUCUCCACGUGCGUUAGCUCUACAUCUACUGCGCGGCAUCUUCUGUGACUCUCGUUUGAGGCCUCAUCUCCAACCGGUGCCCGAGAUGAUACACUCAAACUUCCUUAUCCGAGCAUUGGAAUUUGCGGUGUUACCCACGUUCAGUGAUUCUGAUUGGACUGUUUCCAAUGCAGGUCUGCAACUUCAUUCUGCGUUGGUACUACGCCUUACUGGGACAAACUCUGGUCGGGCUCCUUCAACCAGCGUGGACGUUUUUGGCAAAUACCCAACUUUACUGGAGCUUUGUUUGCGAGAGCUCGAGACGGCUGCCAAACUGCAGAUCAGUCGACCCAGUCGCACGACACAAGUCAUUCCCAUUCUGACUCUGUUCGGCAGACUAAGCCCUGGCGAGUGGACAGAUUCCGAAUUAAACAAACGUGCGCGUUCAACCGUUUGUCACUUCCUGUUACACCAUAACUCUUCGGCCAUACGUGGAAUGGCUGCGCGAGCCUAUCUAGUCUUCCUCCCACUUAUGGAUGAGUCGGGAAACUUGGAUAGUUCACUGGAACUUUCCAGAGUUGGUCCUCUGCAGCUGCUCAGGUCUGAACCCAACAAGUCUCGGUCUGAACCGUUCACUGCGAAUGCCAUUCAUGGUCAAUUGUGCCUUCUUCGAGCCUGGCUUACACAACCGGUCUCCUAUCAUGUGCUGCGAAACAGAAAGUCCUCUUUCCACUGGGAUAAUGCGCUAACUUACCUUGAUCGUCUGAUGACCACUCGUUCUCCUGGCGUGUUUAUCUUGGCUCACCACUUGUGCAAUCUGAUGAGUUUGGCAGUCGAUCCAGACAACUCCCCUUGUGUCCGAACACGUUUUUUAUCCUGGCUAUCCACCAACAACAACGUGCGCCUCCUGUCUCCCACAAUAACCCCAUUUCACUUGGAGGCAAUUCUCAGCUUACAUCUUUUGGCGCAUCGCAUUUGUGGAGUAUUCCCACAUCUGAAUGUAACCUUAUCGCCAGACGUCACCCCAACUGUGCUUCACCGACUUCUCUGUAUCGCUGAAGAUAGUGACAUAGGAGGUUGGGUUCCUAGUCUCUUGAACUACUGGACUCAGCGAACCGAGUUGCAUCGUACUCAUCCCAUGCUCUGUUGGCGCGUUGUGGAGGUUUGGUCAUCUGUUCUGUAUGCUCAUUCUACAACUGAGUCUUCCACCCCAGUCCACGCACUCACGAACAUAUCUGUACUGCCAAUGCUCAAGGAUUUAAUUGACGGUGGUUGCGAUUCGAUUCACCAGUCGAUGGCUCUAUUGUGCGCAGCCGCCUGUUUAUGUGAUCAGUCAAACUCGAGCUGUCCACCGGAGUGUCAGUCCCCGCCCCAGUGGUGGUUGCACACGCUAUCCGACUGUCUAUCACCAGCUUGCCCCGAAAGUGCCCGUAUUAUUGCUGGUCAGGCUAUCCUAAUUUGGAAUGAGCGGCUGUGUCAUCAACCAUCGACCGUAUUAUUCCCGGACACGGAGCAGUGUCAGUUUUUCAUUAAGACAUUAUUCUUCGCCCUGUUCGACUCCUGUAAUGAAGUUCGAACGAAAAUAGGCUGCUUUAUUCAUCAGCGUUUGUGCGAUAUCGCGACAAAGUAUCUCCAACAACCGGUUUGUCAUCUAAUCUCUGUGCUCCGUCUUCUGGACAACAUGUUACCGUCGUGGUUACCGUCCCCCGAGUUGCAGCUAGGUUGUUUGUACGACAUUUGGUGGGGCGUGAUGGACGAUCUGAUCGAACGAAUAUCUGAGGAAAUUUUGAUGAGGAAAAGGCAAGCUCUUUACGAGCGUGAAGUGGACAAUGACUUCUGUGAACCACGAUUGCUGUUCCAACUGCUUUUCGAACGAUUAGUGAGGAUGGAUUUUAAAGCAGUGAAGCACCAUAUACAAGUACUAGAUGACGUGAUCGCGCAAGCACACGGUCGGAUUUCUGUCCUGGAACCUCCGUGUUCGAUGUCAUCUGCUUCCACCAGUCCGUCUGUGCACGCUUGGAACAUCGGGAUGUCUCUUCUUGUCGACUUGCGGGCGAACGUAUCUGUGGAUGGUUCGGAUGUCCUCAUGUGAUAAUUUUUUUAUAUCACACUGUAAAUAGAAAAUAUUUGUACUUUCG